AGGGAAAGCUUCUAAGUGAGGAAACAGUAGAAGUGGGGGGUAGGUGGUGGAACUUGAGUGGGUAUACGUCUGUCUCCAGAGAGACAAAAUGGCUGAAUAGUUGUCGGAGGCAGCAGCCCUGGGUCUCCAGGUGCAGGAAACAUUUUACAAGAGGCGGUGUCCAGUAGUAAAAAUGGAAAAGCAGGUCGCAGCAGGGCCCAGGCCAGCAGAGGGAAUGGAGGGAACAGGAAGAGAGAGUUUUGCCAUGCCGUCUGGGAUCAUCCGGGAGCUACCUCGCUGGGCAGUACCGCAACAGGAGGGCAUACCACACCGCUUGGAAUCCCAGUGGCAGGAUUUCCUGAAGACUGUGCAGUCCCCUGCCUCAGGAUGGGGAAGCCCACAGCUGCCAGAACUGACGUCCUGGGAUGACCUGGUCACUUUUGAGCGUGUGUUUGGUGCCUGCCAGUGGCCGAGAGGAGAUGGUGUCUCCCGGCUCAUGCCAGCCUUCAGCGCAGAAGCCCAGCAAGUGUUUAGCGGCCUGAAUGUCAGGGACAAAAUAGACUAUGGGAAGGUGAAAGCCGUCUUCCUGCAAGGAAAUUCCACCAGCACGGAGAUACACCGCCAGCGCUUCAGGCAGUUCUGCUACCAGGAGGCUGAGGGGCCUCGGGAGGUUUGUGGCCACCUGCGGGAACUCUGCCAUUGCUGGCUGGAGCCAGAGAGUCGUACGAAAGAGCAGAUCAUCGAGCUGCUGAUCUUAGAGCAGUUCCUGACCAUCCUGCCACAGGAAAUCCAAAGUCAGGUCAGGGAGCGUAGCCCGGAGACCUGUGCCCAAGCUGUUGCCCUGGCUGAAGGCUUCAUUUUGAGGCAGCAGGAAAGCGAGCAGCAGGAAGAACAGCAGCCUGAGCCAUUCCAAGAGGUGGCUGUGGAUUUUUCUGAAGCACAGAGAGUUCCACUGGAUUCUGGGCAGAGGCAGCUUGGCAGGGAGACCAGGAAGCAAGAUAAUGGUAACGCUUGCUCAUUGGGUGCCAAUCUCACGGACAGAGCUGAGGAACAGCAUGACUACCAGGAAUCCAGGGAGGAGGAAGUACCCCCAGCAUCUGAGGCAACCCAAAGAAAAGAGAAAUCUCACCUGUGCAUCGAAUGUGGCAAAAGCUUCACCCGGCCCUCAGACCUGGCGAAGCACCUGAACGUCCACACAGGAGAAAAACCCUACCUGUGCAUUGAGUGUGGGAAAAGCUUUAGUCAGCUCUCUCACCUUACAAGACAUCAGAAAAUCCACUCAGGGGAGAAACCCCACAUCUGCUCCGAGUGCGGAGACACGUUCAGCCAGCGGGCCUAUUUGGUCAGCCAUCAAAGGAGCCAUUCAGGGGAGCAGCCCUACCGCUGCUCAUACUGCCAGAAAUGCUUCAGCCACCAGUCAGCCCUGAAGAUACACGAGCGCAACCACAUGGGCCAGAAACCCUACGCCUGCACUGACUGCGGGAAGCGGUUUGUUUCCUCUUCCUCUCUCACGACCCACAGGAGAAUCCACACGGGAGAAAAGCCUCAUGCCUGCGGCGUGUGCGGGAAAAGGUUCAUCCAGCAUUCCAAUCUAGUCUCGCACCAGCGAACCCACUCAGGGGAGAAGCCGUUCUCCUGCAAGGUGUGUGGCAGGAGGUUCGCCUACCCUUCUGACCUUACGAGGCACCAAAAAAUCCACACAGGAGAGAAGCCCUACCCCUGCGAGGAGUGCGAGAGGAGGUUCACCCGGCUCUCUGACCUUAUUACACACCAGCGAAUCCACACUGGGGAAAAACCCUAUCGCUGCCUUGAGUGCGGGAGACGGUUCAGGCAGAGGGGAGUGCUGGUGAAACAUCAGAAGUGCCAUUCGAAAGAGAAUCCCAAAGGAAGCGAGUCCAGGCAAAGCGAGCUGCAAGCAAACAGUGAGUUCCGGGUUCAUGGGAUAAAGCAGGAGAAAGAAGAACUGGAGAAUCUGGCAGAGUCCGGUUUGAUUCACUCUCCCAGCUCCUGAUGCCCAUCACUCACACGCUGCAGCACAGAGAGAGAGCAAAGAUCUUGUAGGGUACAUGCUUCUUUCCCCUCUUCCUCUGGUGUUGACUAAAACUGGUCAUGGGAGCACCUGUCCUUUGCCAUCUCCUGCCUGGGCUGUUACGAACGUUGCAGGGCUGGGGGCAGGAGCACUUUGUCACUGGAGUUGUAAGUUCUAGAGAGAAAGGACAGGAGGAAUGAUUUUGUCCUUUCCUCCUUCACAGUGCUGGCCUACCUGCUGUCACAAUGACCUUUGGAAGAAGCGGAGACGAUGCCAUUUGCUCUGCAUGCAGCGGUUGGGAUAAACCUCUUCCAAGGUUGUCUUUGUUGG